ACUGCUACUCAGCUAUGCAAGCCUCAGACAUGAUUCCGCUUAACCAGGUAGCACAUCAUCCUCCACCCCCAAUGCUAGGCAAUGGUACCCAGAGACCGUGGCCAGCACACCGGUCUUUGGGCUUGUGGGACGGUGGGUUUAGCUGGAAUCUGAAUUGGCUACUCGCUAGACGCAACACCCACGUGCCACAAAAGACGGGGGUUCCGCGCCGAGUCGCUGUCAGGGGGCAAGCGUACGAAUACACGGCGUGCGAGAAUCUGAUCCUGGCAUCAAACAACUGGCCUCGACGGAAAUGCCAACAUGUCCACCCCUUAGUGACGACGGAAGACAUGCUCCCCUUCCUCACGCACCCUGACGCUACGCCACCGGUGGCGGUCAUACCGCGCGCCACCUACGACGACCAGGCCUGUUCGUUCUGCGGACCCAAUCCCGUGCUUCACGACACCCAUGUGAUAUGUCCCUUCCACUUUUACUAUCUCAUGGGAUGCCAGAUGCGAGAGAGCAUCCAGGUGCUGGACGAUUUCCGACACCCUUCUACCGGACGCUACCACUACCAGGGACCUGAACACGUAAAGUGGCUUCGUGGAGUUGUAUCUUACCAUGAAGCCUCGGAGCGCAGAAAACACGAAGGAAUGAGAUUGAUUCCGUCGCCUCAGACAGACAAGACAGAGACUAGCAGUCCUGAUUCGACUUCACAAGGGCCCCAGGUAGACCAAUAG